AAAGUUACCCUAGGUCAAUGUGUCCUUCCACACGUGUUGCGUGUUUCUCGUAGUAGCAGCAGGAGGGAGGGUCUGUCAGAGUUUUCCUGGGGUUUAAACGUACUUUUCGUGUUUCUGAACAUCUUAAUAUCCCAUCCCAGUCAUGCUGAAGUCGGUAGUCCGCGCUGUGGGAGCCGCAGUUCGCCUCUCUCCAGCCGUUCCGUCAGCAGCGCGAGCCUUCCCGCUGGGCAGCCCGGCGUUACGCUCUUCAGGGUCGGCUACGAUCCGGCCGUUCACCCGAUCUCUGUGGGUGUUAAACAACAACGGAGCCUCGUCAGGAUACAGGCCCAAGCUGUUCAGCUCCAGAGUGCUGAGUCCACCGGUGUCCUGCGGGUGUGGAGGGCUACACACAGAAGGUGACAAAGCAUUUGGUGAGUUCCUAUCAGAUGAAAUCAAAGAAGAGAAGAAGAUCCAGAAGAACAAAACUCUUCCUAAGAUGUCCGGAGGAUGGGAGCUGGAGAUGAAUGGCACUGAGGCUAAACUCACAAAACAAGUUUCUGGAGAGAAAAUCACGGUCACAUUUAACGUCAACAACAGCAUUCCUCCCAACUUUGAGGAAGAGGUGGAGCAGGGACAGCAGCAAAAAUCUCCUGAGGAUGAGCCAGAAAUUGUUUCAACGCCCAACUUUGUCAUUGAAGUAACAAAACAAGGAGCCAAACAUUCCCUUGUAUUCGACUGCCAUUUUCCUGAAGAUGAGAUGAGCCACGGGGAAGGCGAGGAGGAGAGUGAUAUCUUUGCUAUCCGAGAGGUCAGCUUCCAGCCCGAAGGAGACUCUGACUGGAAAGAGACCAGUUACACGCUCAACACAGACUCCCUGGACUGGGCACUGUAUGACCACAUGAUGGACUUCUUGGCCGACCGUGGCGUCGACAACACCUUUGCUGAUGAGCUUAUGGAGCUGAGCACAGCCAUGGAACAUCAAGAGUACAUUAAGUUUCUAGAAGAGCUGCAAAGCUUUGUCAAUUGCAAGUAGUGUUAAAUGAAAUUGUAAUUUUUGUGUGCAAUCUGAGAACGAUGGGUUGUGAUGCAGGAAACCUAAAGCCCCCAGUAAUGCAUAAACAUUUAUAACCAAAAGAGGCAAACUGUGUUUGAGAAUGUCACCAGCAGAUCCUACAUUGUGGUUUCCUCAAGUUUUCUCUAACAUAAAGAGUUUAAAUAUGUCUGGGUGCCAGCCCAACCGUUAUCAUAAACCAUCUUUGCAUUUAAUUAAGCAGCUGUUGAUCUGCAUUUUCCUUCCAACUUCUGACACUUUGUCAGCUUUCAUGCUCUCUUGCUGAGUGGUGGUAGUUUGUCAGAUGCAAAAGAUGUUCUAGAGUGUAAAGCUGGAAAUAUUGUUCAAUAAACAAUUUGAUAUCCGAA